GGCAUUGAGAGAAAGGAAUGAUUAUUAUAGUUCAUUAUCCAACGAAAAAAAAAUAAUUGUUAAGAAAUCAAAAUUAACUGAAUUAAAAUAAUCAGAUAGCAUGGUAUAUAAACAUGUAGACAUAGCUGCAAGAACCCAAAUUUGGGUUAUCCAUCGAGGCGAGAAACCUAGAUCUCAGCAGCGAUAAGCUCGCGCCCCAAUAUGCCAGUGGUGAGUUCAAGCCUCAAUCUCAUCAAACUCUUGUGGAGAUCAGGAAUCCAGCGAAGGAUGAGAAGAAAGAAUGGGGAAAAGAGGAGGAAAGAGAACAGUUUCACUGGACAUUACAGAGGCUCUUGGGGAAAAGUUGUCAUUGACGAUAGAGGAAGAUGUGGGGCUACAUCUCGAUGUCGAAGAACAGGACAACCAACAGGUAGGAGUGGCGAGGUGGUGCCUAGUCGACAUGCUUUUGAUAAAGAGGCAGUACAACCUGUCAACGCUAUAGAGUACGCUAGCCAAUGUCUGGAGGCCUGUCAAAGAUAUGCUAACAUCGGUAAGUGGCUUAGAGAUGGCUCUCGGAACUAUGUGGCAGAGGAAGCACGGUGGAGGCGUCUCGGCCAAAACAUGGAAAGAUCAUGUUCAUCAGAGAUGCAAGAAUCUCACAGUGGGGGAAAGAACCGUGAUUGGCGAGAUGACGGAGUGCGUAUGGGCACAAAUCUUGGAGGAGGAAAUCGCAGGCUAAAUCCAUUAGAGUUUAAUGCUGCAAAUAUGAUCCAAAAUGCUAGCCUGAGAUUGAUAGCCUCAUCGAAGGAAAAGGAGUUAUCUUCGGGUGUAAAUGCUAACACCAAGCAGCAUUUGACUGGCGAGAUUGAUGACGUUACAAGAAAAACGGUAGACAAGGCUCUUGAGUGGGAAAGUUCCCAGACUGUUUCAAACUCUCUAUUGGUGGAGGAUGGCCCACAUACAGGCAAUACCCAACAAGCCCAAUUAAUACAGAACUCAGUCCAUAAUAACCAAGGAGAGGACAUGGGCUCAUUUUUCAUUUUUUCCUCAAGUCCAAAGGGAGAAAGGACCUGUGUUCAGACCAAAGCCUGGAAAAAAGAGGCAUGAAAUCAACGGAUGACUAGCAGGGUAUCUCAUAUUCAAACAUCCCAAACUAAAAGGAAGGAUGAACUCUCGAAUUCUAUGACAGUUGAAAAGCCAAGCAUUGAGAAGAGAAGUAGGAAUGAGGAAGAAACUAAUACUGGAGUAACUAUAAUGGCGGGACCUGCUAUGCAGGCCUGUCGCUCGCCAUGAAUCUGCUAUGUUGGAACUGCCAAGGGCUUGGGAACCCUUAAGCAGUUAGAAGUCUAAUAGAAUUGGUGAGACUAA